CAACAAUAUAAAUACACACACACAACCAAAUCUCAUCGAAAACCCUCACGUUCUUCGUCUCUAUCGCUCUCUAAAUUCUCAGAGAUCCUUUCUACGAAUCAAUUCAUCAGAUUGUCGAUAGUGUAAGAAUUCGGUUGGAAAUAGCGUUCUUCAUCGGCGACUGGAUUUGGUAAAUGGAAAUAUCGAUGAAGAAAUGUAUGAGAGAUUGAGAAAAAGGAUGCCGGAAUUAGCGCAUGAUUGUCAAUUCAGUGGCGGCGAUACGACAACGUCAUAUGGAUCAGUUUCGUCCACUGGCUUUUGGUCUAAGCAUCGGGAUGAUGUUAGCUACAAUCAGCUUCAGAAGUUCUGGAGUGAACUAUCACUGCAAGCUAGGCAGGACCUCUUGAGGAUAGACAAGCAAACUCUUUUUGAACAAGCUCGAAAGAACAUGUACUGUUCCAGAUGCAAUGGGUUACUUCUAGAAGGUUUUUUGCAGAUCAUCAUGUAUGGAAAGUCAUUGCAGCAAGAGGGAACAAUUAAUCAGAAUAAACUUGGAACCUCAAAAUGUCAAACUGGUGAUGAUGUCUGCUUGACAACUGGGCGUAAUGAUGAUGUUCAAGAUCCAUCUGUCCACCCAUGGGGAGGUUUAACCACUACUAGAGAUGGAACACUCACCCUCUUGGACUGCUAUAUUUAUUCAAAAUACUUAAAGGGUCUUCAAAAUGUGUUUGAUAGUGCAAGAGCAAGAGAGAGGGAGCGGGAAUUACUUUAUCCUGAUGCGUGUGGAGGUGGAGGUCGUGGAUGGAUUAGUCAAGGGAUGGUGGGGUAUGGCAGAGGUCAUGGGACCCGGGAAACCUGUGCUUUGCAUACUGCAAGACUUUCUGUUGACACUUUGGUUGACUUUUGGUCUGCACUUGGAGAAGAGACACGCUAUUCUCUUUUAAGAAUGAAGGAAGAAGAUUUUAUGGAAAGACUAAUGUAUAGGUUUGACAGCAAGAGAUUUUGUAGAGAUUGCCGAAAGAAUGUAAUCCGUGAGUUUAAGGAGUUAAAAGAACUUAAACGCAUGAGAAGAGAAGCUCGUUGCACAAGCUGGUUUUGUGUGGCUGAUACAAGCUUCCAAUAUGAGGUAACUCUUGACACAAUCCAAGCCGAUUGGCGUCAAAACUACGCAGAUUCUACAGGAAUAUACGAGCACUACGAAUGGGCGGUUGGGACUGGCGAGGGCAAAUCAGACAUUUUAGAGUUUGAAAAUGUUGGCUCAAAUUCAAGGGUUAAAGUGAAUGGUCUAGAUUUAACCGGUUUAAAUGCGUGCUAUAUCACUCUAAGAGCAUGGAGAACAGAUGGACGAUGCAAUGAAGUUUCGGUCAAAGCCCAUGCUUUGAAGGGUCAACAUUGUGUCCAUGGAAGACUUGUUGUUGGUGAUGGCUUUGUUACAAUCACAAGAGGAGAAAGCAUUAGAAGGUUCUUUGAACAUGCAGAAGAAGCUGAGGAAGAAGAGGAUGAUGAUUCCAUGGACAAGGAUGGAAAUGAGCUAGAUGGUGAAUGCUCACGUCCCCAAAAACAUGCGAAGAGUCCAGAACUUGCUCGGGAGUUUCUUUUGGAUGCUGCAACAGUUAUUUUUAAAGAACAGGUUGAAAAGGCUUUUAGAGAAGGGACUGCACGUCAAAAUGCACAUAGCAUGUUUGUAUCACUUGCACUUAAAUUGUUGGAAGAACGAGUAAUGGUGGCAUGCAAAGACAUCAUCACUUUGGAAAAACAGUUUAAACUCCUUGAAGAAGAAGAGAAGGAAAAGCGUGAUGAGGAAGAACGAAGGGAGAGAAGACGGGUUAAGGAAAAGGAAAAAAAACUUCGUAGGAAAGAGAGACUCAGAAGUAAAGAAAAAGAAAAAGAGAAAAAAUGUUGUCAAAGUCAAAGUCAAAGUCAACCUGGUCAAACUCCUGCUUCUGAUGAGAAUAAGGAAUUGACAAGUGUCAACGAUGAUGUCAGUGAAGAACAUGAACAUGAACAUGAACAUGAACAAGAAGAAGAUACUCAGUUGGCAAUGCCCGCAUCCGAAGAUUAUACACCCGAGGAGCAAAUAUUAGAUUAUGACGACAAUGAAAAUUCCAAUUCCAAUUCCGAAUUCAGCUAUGGGAAAGAAGGGAAUGGAAUGUGUGGGAGUGAUUCCAAACAACCGCGAAGGAGAUUGAAACCAUGGAAAGAUUACCAAAUUGAUCAAUCGUCAAAGUGGUCCGAGAGACGGCGGUUUGAAAGCGGGCCCAUGGUCAAACCCGGUCAACGGUUUCACAGUGAUAAUUUCAAUGGUGGAGUAAAUAAGCCCGUAAGAAGGGUGAAUGGAUCGAGGUACAAUGAGAGAUUCAAUUGUUGUCAUAAUCGGAUUUGUAAUUGUUACCAACACAAUGAUUAUAGACCCAAAGUCGGAAAGCCGGAAUCUGAUUCCGAUGUCUCGAAACCGUAUUUCCGUGGAAACAAGUACAAUAAUCAAAUGGAAUACGGAAGACCUAAAAGUAAAAUCGCCAACGGAAUCAAUGGUUCACCAUAUACAAAGAAAGUAUGGGAGCCCAGAAGCAAUCCUGAUUCCGAUGAUGUUACUGUUUCCGUAAGCGAAUCCGUCAAGGUUAUUAAUUCUUCAUCAGAUGAUUCCAAGGAAUUAAAAACUAACGUUGAGGAUAACGAUCCCAAGGAAUCAAAAACCGAAGCUGAAGCCAAAGAAAUAGUGGAGAACGAGGCUGAUUCGGUAAGUGGGGCGACGGAUCUGUCGACGUGCGGAAUCAGCAAUUCCAAUUCCGAUAGCUGUUCGUCGUGUCUAAGCGAAGGAGACGGAAACACUUCGUUUUCCUCAAACCCCCAGAAUCCGGAAUCCUCAUCGACAUCGGAUUCGGAAUACGCGAGCCAUCAAUCCGAAGUAAUCAAAGAAACCAUAAUCUCGGAGGAAUUACCAUCAAAAGCAUCGGAAAGUUGCGAAACCGGAAAGAGAAACGAUGUUACAACCUCUCACCAACAUGGGAAUGUGAUUCCGCCGCCUUUACAAGCUCCAAGCCUACACUUUCCGGUGUUUCAAGCUCCUUCCAUGGGGUAUUACCAUCAAACCCCGGUUCCUUGGACCACAGCCAUGCCAUUACCACAUCCAAACCACUAUCUGUUCACUAGGCCUUUUGGGUAUAAUUUGAAUGGGAAUUCACGAUUCCUUCCGUAUGGCGGAAUCCAACCGUUAACUCCACCAUUACUUAACCCGGGUCAGAUUCCAAUCUACCAACCGAUUCCACCGACCAACGGAAUUAAAGACCACAACACCAGGGUCGUGCCGGUUAUGCAAAAUGAGAACUCCGAGAAGACACACAAAGGAAUCUCACCGGGUGCCGGAGGGCAAAAUGGGAAUUUGGAGAGAACGGAGAAGGGUAAUACGGGGUUUUCACUAUUUCAUUUUGGUGGGCCCGUGGAUGUGUCGAAUGGGUUUGGAGCAAGAGAAGAGAUUGAUGUGAAUGUGAAUGUUUGUUCGGGAGAGAAGGAAGUGGAAGAAUAUAACUUAUUUGCAGCAAGCAACGGGAUAAAGUUUUCCUUCUUCUGA